AUGUUGCAGUUAUUGUCGCAAAUAAUUCCUGAAAAUUUACAAGAGGAAUGGUUUGAGCAAAUGGACGAGAAAAAUAAGAAACACUGUUCCGAAGAAUUUAUUGCUUCAUUGCCAAGAGUUAAAUCUAAGCACAAGAAUGAUGAAUGCCCUAUAUGCUGCUGUAAAUUCUCUGAAGAUAAAUAUCCUUUAAUUGUCGAACUACCUCGUUGCAAUCAUAGAUUUGAUCUAGAGUGUAUAUCUGUUUGGCUUUCCAAAAGUGUCACUUGUCCUCUAUGUAGAGAUAAUGUACUAGAACAUAAAUUGAACAUCGACACGUCUAAGACAGAAUUUGAAGAAGGUUGGGGGAUGUAUGGUUGA